CACAGCGGGGAGGCUGCCUGGGGCAGGGAGCGGAGGCAGGUGCGGGCGCUCCGCAGUCACCGCCGGGCUGGGAGCAGCGCAGGGAGCAGCGGGCAGAUUCUACCCAAAGUGAUUUACUUCUGCAAGUCUAAGAACCAUACAACAGAAUAACACAAUGAAGGAUGAUUUCAUAAAUUACAUAGAAAAGAAACCACCUAAUCCUAAAUCUGCAAGUAAUGGCUAUGACAAUCCUGCUUUCCAACAUGAUGAAAAACCUGAGCAAAAUGACCAGUUACAGAAGAACAAGAAAAAAAAGAAAAAUGAGGAGUCAAAGGAAAAGAUGGUUGGCAUUUUGAAAUUGUUUGCGUAUGCCGAUUGGCUGGAUAUCAUUUUGAUGAUAAUAGGUUUGAUUGCAGCUGUUGCAAAUGGAACAGGGCUGCCACUUAUUAUCGUUGUCUUUGGAGAGAUGACAAACAGCUUUGUGACGAUUGGCCAAGCAGUAAAUAUGUCUUCAGUUAAUCUUUCAGCUGUGAUGAAUAGUAGCUCUACUUGUCCAGCAAUUCCAGGUUUGGAUAUAGAAGCUGAAAUGACCAGGUUUGCCUACUACUAUGCGGGUAUUGGCUUUGCUGUAGUGAUACUGAGCACCAUCCAAGUCUGGACAUUUUUGACCUCAGCUGCAAGACAGACUGCAAGAAUCCGACAAAAGUUUUUUUUCGCCAUACUUCACCAGGAGAUGGCUUGGUUUGAUACCAGCGAGAUUGGAACGUUGAACACCCGGCUGACGGAUGACAUUAACACCAUCCACGAAGGCAUCGGAGACAAGAUCUGUAUAUUUGUACAAUUCUUUACCACGUUUCUGACAGGGAUUGUUAUAGGAUUCGUCUACGGGUGGAAACUGACCUUAGUGAUUUUGUCAGUUAGCCCUCUCCUUGCUGCAGCAGCAGCAGUUGGAUCAAUCUUCCUGGCAUCAUUCACUACAAAAGAGCUGUGUGCUUAUGCUAGAGCAGGAGCUGUGGCAGAAGAAAUUUUGACUUCUAUCAGAACAGUUGUUGCUUUCAAUGGACAGAUGAAGGCAUUAGCAAAAUAUGAUGUUAACCUAGAGAAUGCUAGGAAAGUUGGAGUAAAAAAAUCCAUUACCACCUAUACAUCUUUGGGUUUCACAGAGUUUAUUUUAUUUGGAGCCUAUGCUCUUGCAUUUUGGUAUGGAACCAAACUCACAGUGGAGGAGAAAGAGAAUUAUGACAUCGGACGUGUGCUAAUUGUAUUCUUCUCUGUGCUCCUUGGCGCAUUCUCUCUCGGACAGGGCUCCCCACACUUGGAGAGUGUUGCCAAUGCUCGAGGUGCUGCCUAUGAGGUGUACAAGGUUAUCAGUAAGCACCGUCUUAUAGAUAGCAGUGCCAAGGAAGGAUACAGACCAGAUAAGUUCAAAGGAGAGAUUGAAUUCAAAAACAUCCAUUUCAGUUACCCAUCUAGACCUGAUGUUAAAAUUCUCAAAGGCCUGAACCUGAAAGUUCAGUCGGGGAAGACCAUCGCUCUGGUUGGCUCCAGUGGCUGUGGCAAAAGUACUGCUAUUCAGCUGCUACAGAGAUUCUAUGAUCCAGUCCAAGGAGAGAUUACCUUAGAUGGACGAGAUAUUCGAACACUUAAUAUAAAAUGGCUAAGAGAACAUAUUGGCCUUGUAAGCCAGGAGCCUAUUUUGUUUGCUACAACAAUAGCUGAGAACAUUCGUUGUGGCAGAGAGGAUAUUACUGAUUCUGAAAUUGAGAAAGCAGCUAAAGAAGCCAAUGCUUUUGAUUUUAUAUCCAGACUGCCUGAUAAAUUUAACACCAUGGUGGGGGAAAGGGGAGCUCAGCUGAGUGGAGGGCAGAAACAGCGAAUUGCUAUUGCCCGUGCCCUGGCAAGGAAUCCCAGGAUUCUGCUGCUGGAUGAAGCCACGUCUGCUCUGGACACUCAGAGUGAAUCUAUUGUGCAAGCAGCUCUUGAUAAGGCUAGGGCUGGACGUACCACCAUUGUGAUAGCUCACCGGCUCUCCACAAUCCGAACAGCUGACAUUAUUGCUGGAUUUCACAACGGUGUUGUUGUUGAACAGGGAACACACAGUCAACUCAUGACACAGAAGGGUGUCUACUAUUCUCUUGUGAUGCAGCAGGGUCAUGGUGGAAACACUCAAAAUGAGAUGUCAGAAAGCGAUGAAGAGAUAGAAGAUGAAGACUAUGAGGAAGAGGAUCUAGAAGAUCUCAAGAUGGAGAACCUGACUGAUCUUGGUGGUUUUGAAGAACCAGGAAUCAUUGAGAUGGGAAGCAUUCCUAAGAGAUCCAGAAGGUGUAAAAGCAGAAAGAUCUCUUCUAAGAAAAAGUCGUCUGAAAAGAAGAAGAAAACGAAGGAGAAAGAGGAGGAAAAUCUCCCUGCUGUGCCUUAUUCCAGAAUUCUGGCUGUGAACAAACCUGAGUGGCUGCAUAUAUUCUUUGGUGUGAUUGCUGCUGCCUUCUCUGGUGGCGUCUACCCUGCAUUUGCAGUUAUAUUUGGAAAAAUCAUUGGGGCUUUUCAAGAAACAGAUCCUGAAAAAAGGAGCAAAAACACCACGUUGCUUUCUCUAAUGUUUCUUGUACUGGCAGUGAUCAGCUUAGUAACACAUAUCAUCCAGGGAUUCAUGUUUGGAAAGUCUGGGGAAGUUCUGACCAAGAGAUUGCGAUCUUUGUCAUUCAAAGCAUUGCUUCAGCAGGAGAUUGGGUGGUACGACGAUCCUAAAAAUGCCAUAGGGGUUUUGUUAACCAGACUAGCUACAGACGCUUCACAAGUCAAAGGGGCUACUGGAAGCCGACUUGGCUUGUUGACUAAGACUGCCUGUACCCUUCUGACUGCCAUCAUUAUUGCCUUUGUAUAUGACUGGCGAUUAACUUUGCUUAUCCUGGCCUGCAUUCCUUUCAUUAUUGCUGCAAAUGCUAUUCGACUGAGCUCUGUGGCUGGUCAUGCGUCAAAAGAUCAAAAAGCUUUGGAAGAGGCUGGACGAAUUUCAACGGAAGUGGUUGAAAAUAUAAGAACUGUGGCUUCAUUAACUAGUGAAGAUGCAUUCUAUGAGAGAUAUAAUGCUAAUUUGAAUGGUCCAUACAGGGACUCUCUAACAAAAGCCCCCCUAUAUGGACUUACCUAUGGAAUAGCCCAAUGUGCAAACUACUAUCUUGAUGCAGCAAUCUUCAGAUUCGGGGCAUGGCUCAUUGCUAAUUGUUAUACAAACUUUGAAAAUGUAUUUAUAGCCUUUCUUUCAAUUCUAUUUAGUGCUAUGAAUGUUGGGCAGUCCACUUCUUUGGCACCAGAUUUCGGCAAAGCUAAAGUUUCUGCCCAACGAAUCUUUCAGCUUUUGAAUCGGAAACCAUUAAUUGACAGCUAUAGUGAAGAGGGUACAAAACUGAGUCAGUUUGAUGGCAACAUUGAAUUCAGGGACAUCCAUUUUGUAUACCCUACAAGACCAGAAGCUCAUGUUUUGCAAGGACUUAGCGUGAAGGUUAAUAAAGGACAGACGCUAGCCUUGGUGGGGAGCAGUGGUUGUGGCAAAAGCACAUCCAUUCAGCUGCUGGAGAGAUUUUAUGACCCUAUGGCAGGACAAGUGUUUGCAGAUAGAUUCGAUACCAAGACUUUGCAUUUGCAAUGGUUAAGGUCCAAAUUGGGUAUUGUGUCCCAGGAGCCUAUUUUGUUUGACUGCAGCAUUGCUGAAAAUAUCCAGUACGGAGACAACAGUAGAGUUGUCAGUCAGGAGGAAGUUGAAGAGGCAGCUAAAGCAGCAAAUAUUCACACCUUCAUAGAAAAUCUCCCUGAGAAGUAUAAUACCCGAGUAGGUGACAAAGGAGCACAACUUUCUGGAGGUCAGAAACAAAGAAUAGCAAUUGCUCGUGCUCUAGUUCGUAAGCCAGCAGUUCUACUUCUGGAUGAAGCCACAUCUGCUCUUGACACAGAAAGUGAAAAGAUUGUCCAGAAAGCCUUGGAUGAUGCCAGGAAGGGUCGAACCUGCAUUAUUAUUGCUCACCGCUUGACGACCGUCCAGAACGCUGAUGUCAUAGCAGUGAUUCAUAAUGGAAAAGUAGUGGAACAAGGGACGCACAGCCAGCUGCUGGCAAAGGAAGGACAUUACUAUGCACUUGUAAAUGCACAAGUUUCUCAUUAACAUUAAUGUUACAAACUAAUAUAUUUAUAUAAAUACACACACAACACACAGCUAAAUCAUACUAAGGAUGCAGCUCAUUACUGAGAUGUCUCCAGGUUCAAAACACAGGCACGUAGUAAAAAACAGAGAAGAGACAUUUAUUUUUUCCUUGUCUCACAGCUUUAGUGUUAAUUAAUCCUAUUGGUAAAAUCCUUUGGGGCGUGUUGGUUAAUUUUAAACUGCUUUUAUAUUAGUGAUUACAAGCCUUUCAUGGAAAUAUAUAUUGAUAAAAUAGAUCACAAACUGUUUGUUUAUAAAUUAUUGUUAAAACCUGUAUUAUUGACCUAAGAGAACUUUCUGGUUCUUUUGAAACCAUUAAGGCUAUUUCAAAAAGACUUAAAAAUAAUUAUCAUUGGCCCAAUGACCAUGAUGGCUCCUUUUGGAGCUGAUUAAUGUCAACCAUGUAAAUAGCUAUUUAACAAAAAACUGUGUGGGGGUUUGACCAUAUGAAGUUAGAUUUAAACAUUUUUUCACCUUUUUAAUGGAGUUUUAGAAACGAUCGAUCUAUCUAUAGUCAUAACGGUUUACACAGCUCUGUUAUAAUAUUUUAUUAUCAGAGUGUUGUCCCUUAAUAUAGUCAACCUUAAACAACAGUUGAGGAACAUAUCUCAUCUACUUAUUAAGAGAGAGAGAGACAUACUCGGGCAGCCCUGUUUUGGGUUUGCUUUUGGCAAACUCACCUUUUGGUUUGCCAAGGACAAAAUCAAAACCACUUUUGGUUUUUGUUUAGUAUUUACACCCUACAGGAGCUUGGAAUAUUUCACACUUUCAGAUGCCUCUGCUUACUUGUAACAGACAGAAAUUAAAAAUAAUUAUAAUGUCUUUUGCCCCUUUGUUUCCCAGCUUCUAGGUCUAUGAGGGAAACAAAAUAUAAAAAAUAUAUAAACUUUGCUCUCAACCUCGCCAAAAUACAUGUGGUCGCUCUUCCCCAUUCAUCCUCAUCCCCAAUCAGCUUUUCUCAGCAGCUACCAGGAAGGGCUACUCCCAGUAUGGGCCAUUGAAACCCUGUAGACACAUUGGGAAGGGCUGGUCAGUUUCUGCUGGCACCACCAUGACGUGUGCAGGAAAGUGACUUUUCACUUCUGGUUAUAGAGAAAUCAAUGGCUGUUCUCACAGUGUUUCCCCAUUAUCCAAACCGGAAUCAAAUGUCUCUCUUUGUCUGGUUUUGUUUUUACACUGGAACCAAUUGUUAAGUCUGUUUACUGUAAAGGUGAAGCCUAUAGUAAAGAAUGUGGAAAAUCAUUCAAAUAUGACACAGAGAGGAUUGCCAAACUUACUUUAUUUUAAAGCCACGUAAUGUAUGAACUAUAGAACAUCUGUAGCUAGUUAAUGGGAUCUCAUAGUCACAUCAACACAGAUAAUGUAGAGUAGAGGCCAAAAUGCUUCACUGCUCAAUCUGCUUCCAGUCUGAUAACUUUGAACUUGUUUUAAUAGAGCUGGGCAAAACAUUUGAGGAGACAUGCACAAUUGGACAUUAAAGAUUUAGAAAAGGGCUUUGCUUCGGUCACCGACAGUACAUAUGAGCUGCCACAUCCAUUAGACAUGUGGUCCCAUCUUAGAGAAAGGUAUCAGCAUUACAUAUGACAUACAGGAAGAUGAUUGUAUGUACGUCAUUCUUGGCAUGUUGCUUAACGUUGUUCAUCAGUGCAUUCUUCUGUGGCAACAGCCAGCCAAAUUCAAUCAAGUCUGUA